UUCCGAGCGACCCGCCCUAUGUUAGAAAUAGGAAAAUCCAAUAAUAACAACACUAGAAAAAAAUGAAAAAAUGAGGCAACUUUGAUCACGCAUGCUCCCUUGUCAUCCACCUUAUACACAACAUUUGUUCUAAGUUGGAAAGUCGCGGAAAAGCCAGGAAGUAACGUUACAGUAAGCCAAUCAGUUGAGGGGAAGCAUCUCGUGUUUAAAAUGCCUGUGAUAUCCAAGAGAAGGUAAACAGAAACCUUGAUGUUUAGAAUGCGUCAGCAGACAGCUAUGUAAGAGUCUAGCGUGAACGUGCAAGCUAACUUUUGGCAAGUGACCCACAGGACCGAGUCAAAACUGGAGCACUCGAUAUAUCUUCAAGCAGAAGAAAGAAUAUCAGAUGGGCUUCAAAAGACAUGAAGAGGGAAAAUCUGUAGGGAGUGGAGAGAAAGAAAGACAGAGACGAAGAGAGCACAUUAUCACACAUAGUCAAAAGAUCUCCAAAUGCUUCGGGUCCCAUAUUAGAUGAAGUAAGCCUGUGAGUGGAGUGACUUUUUCUGUCAGAGAAAGAGAAAGACUUGGGUUGACUGAACGUGAAAUAAUCUGAGAUUACAGCACAAAAUGAUAUCAUUCCCAUCAUCAGUUGUGUAAUUAUCAUGCAAGAACGAGUGCAAAAUGAAGGGACGCGAAUGGACACAGUCAUCCACGACGGCUGAGAGGAGUUUAUGCACUGAAAAGACCUCAGGAAAAUCCACGAUGGCCGCCAAAAGGAAAGGUGGCCUAAAACUGAAUGCGAUCUGUGCCAAGCUUAGCAAGCAGGUGGUGUACGACGGCAGUUCUCAGAAUGCAGAGGGAGACUCAGAUUUAGUGGACAACAGCGAGCGGGGCAGCUUGCACUACGAUGAGGGCGACAGGCCUGAAAGCGACUUCCCAGAGGGCCUGACCCUGGGCCAGAGCCUUGAGGAGGACCAGAAACGGCGCGAGGCCAUCGAAAAGUGGGUGAACGGCGAGUACGCUGACGAUCCGCAGUCCUUAGAGGGGGGCGAGCACAGGGUACUCAAACCCAACAAUGGAGACGAUUGUCCCCCUGAAGGCGUGUACAUGGUACAGCCCAAAGGCUGCAGCGAUGAAGAAGACAACGCAGAAGAAGCAGAGACCAUGCCCGGCUCCCACGAGGGCAGUUAUCACGAGGACAGGGACUCGGAGGGCAGCCCGCACAAGGACGACAGCUACCAGCCCACCACUGAAGCCCCCCCUCGCCAAGCUUCCUUCUCCUCACCAGGAGAGGCCUCCGCACUACGUGAUUACGCCGCCAACACCAUGAAUGAGUUCUUACACAUGUUCGGCUAUGAUGACCAGCAGGUUCGGGAUGAGCUGGCCAAGAAGAUCAGCUUUGAGAAACUGAAAGCAGCUACCUCAGAUCCCUCCUCCCUGAGCAGCGAGGAGGCCACCCGUCGAGCUCGCUUCUCCAAGUAUGAGGAGUACAUCCGCAAGCUGAAGGCCGGGGAGACCCUGCCCUGGCCUGUGCACACCAAGCCCGAAGAGCUCAAUUCCAAAAUUGAGAAGAGCGCUCCCCUCAUCCAGCCGGCCCUCGCGGGGUCAGAGGGUCAGAUAUUUCCACCCGGAAUGGACCACAAACAAAACCCGCUUAACCCACCCCCAGCCAACCCCUCACACAUCCAGAACCUGGCCUCCCGUGCGUCCAAGUACGACUACUUCAUCCAGAAGCUGAAGAUGGGUGAGAGUCUCAGACAGCAGAACGGCAAUUCCUACAAGCGGCCCUCCAAGUACGACUUGGAGAACGUCAAGUUCCUGCACCUCUUUAAACCCGGAGAGGGCAACCCUGACAUGGGCGGCGCCAUCGCUUUUAAGACCGGCAAGGUCGGCAGGCCGUCAAAGUACGAUAUUCGAAACAUCCAGAAGCUCGUCCCCGGGAAGGUUGAUCCUCCGAUGAUGCCUAGCGUUCUCCCAGCUACGGCAGGUACCCCAGGAACUCCAGUCAUCAAUACAGCUGCUCCCGCUGGGGUCGUGGGACCUCCCGGGUUGCCCGUAGACCAGGCGGGCCACCUCGGCUUUAACACUGACUACAUGAAGUCCAGCUUCUCCAAGACUGACUCCAUUACUACUGGAACCGUCUCCUCAGUCAAGAAUGGCCUUCCUCCCGAGAAACCUGCCACAGAGGACGUCAACGUGUACCAGAAAUAUAUCGCCAGGUUCUCCGGGAGCCAACACUGUGGCCAUGUGCACUGUGCUUACCAGUACAGAGAGCAUUAUCACUGCAUGGACCCUGAAUGUAACUAUCAGAGAUUCACUAGUAAGCAGGAUGUGAUAAGGCAUUAUAACAUGCAUAAGAAGAGAGACAACUCCCUGCAGCACGGAUUCAUGCGCUUCAGCCCUUUGGAUGACUGCAGUGUGUAUUACCACGGCUGCCAUCUCAACGGCAAGAGUACCCACUACCACUGCAUGCAGGUGGGCUGCAACAAGGUGUACACGAGCACCUCUGAUGUCAUGACUCAUGAGAACUUCCAUAAGAAAAACGCACAGCUGAUCAACGAUGGCUUCCAGAGGUUCCGGGCCACUGAGGAUUGUGGGACGGUCGGGUGCCAGUUCUACGGGCAGAAGACCACCCACUUCCACUGCAGGCGUCCAGGCUGUACCUUCACCUUCAAGAACAAGUGUGACAUCGAGAAGCACAAGAGCUAUCACAUCAAAGACGACGCUUACGCCAAGGACGGCUUCAAGAAGUUUUACAAAUACGAGGAGUGCAAGUACGAAGGCUGCGUCUACAGCAAGGCCACCAACCAUUUUCACUGCAUACGCCAAGGCUGCGGCUUCACCUUUACCUCCACCAGCCAGAUGACCUCACAUAAGCGCAAACACGAGCGCCGCCACAUUCGCUCCUCGGGCGUGCUGGGCCUCAGUUCCUCCUUCCUGUUGCCCAAAGAGGAGCAGGAAGAGUCCAGCAAUGAUGACCUCAUGGACUACUCAGCUAUUAGCAGCAAGAACUCCAGCUUAAGUGCUUCUCCAACGACCCAGCAGUCCUCUACCGUACCACACAUGUUGCCCACUCCCACCACCACCAUGUCCUCCAGCCACAGCGUCAAGCCCACCGCUGCUCUGCCUCCGGCCAGCCGCAUUUCCACCCUGCUAUCCCAGGCUUUGCCCAGCAAUGUGCCCAUGGCCCUGGCACUUUCCAACAGCGCGCUGGCAGGUGCUUCCAACCCCUUCUUCCCCCUCAUUCCCAGAAUGCCCAUGCCGCUUACGCCCUCUACCGCCGGUCUGAUCUCCGCAGCCACCUCUGGAGGUCACUCCAUGCCCAGUGAUUCUCUACCCCAGACCUCCACCCCAACAGGGGACCCAGCCGCUGCUACUGUAGCUUCCACUCCGACUUCUUUUGCUGCAUCAUCUAUUAUGGAGAAGAUGUCGGCCAGCAAAGGCCUGAUAUCGCCCAUGAUGGCUCGACUGGCAGCCGCUGCUCUGAAGCCCUCCAGUAACCCAGAUGCAGGGAUGGGGCAGCCGGCUCAGGCGGGCCGGUUUAACCCGGUCGAGGUGAAGCAGGAGCCGAUGGACGGUGCCUCUGCGGCCUCCCAAGAGUCGGUCCAGGAGCACAGCCUGGACCUGAGCAAGAAGGACCACAGCGCUGAAUCAAACGGACACCCUGCGCCGGGAAAUACAUCUCUUUUAUCCUCACUUAUGAAUAAGAUGAAUCCUGGUUUCUUCAGUGCUUUGGAUCUGAAAUCAGAGCUGGAGGGAGCGCAGGCGGCAGACGGCUCAGACGCAGCUCAGUAUCUCAGUAGGGUAAUGAAGAGGUCAGACCCAGAAAAACACACUGAGCAGUGGAGGACCUACCUGCGCAGGUAUGACACUGACGAUUUCUGUGAAGCCCAGUGCGAUUUCUUGCACAAGAUACAUUUUCAUUGCCUGGUGGAGGAUUGCGGAGCGCUUUUCAGCACGGUGGACGGCGCCAUCAAACACGCCAACUUCCACUUGAGAGCCAACCUGAAGGUUAAAUCAGAGCCCCCUUUCAACGAGAGCAAGGAAUCCAACGAUAGCGCCCCUAAUCAAAUGGCUGCCCCCAUUUCCAUGGCCAAGACACCUCCCAUGGAGGUGCCCAGCCUGGCUGUGUCAGGGGGCUACAGCUCGUCCCCUUCUCUCCAAGCCUGGAAGCAGCUGGCCGGAUCGAUCCCACAACUUUCCGCCUCCAUGCCCAGUAUGCCAGCCACUUCCCCUCUGGCUACCACCUCGCUGGAAAACGCCAAGCCUCAAGUCAAGCCUGGCUUCCUGCAGUUUCAGGAGAAUGAUCCUUGUCUGGCCACAGACUGCAAAUACUCGAAUAAGUUCCACUUCCACUGUCUGUUUGGAAAUUGCAAAUAUGUGUGUAAGACAUCCGGGAAGGCUGAAUCACAUUGCCUGGACCACAUUAACCCCAAUAACAACCUGGUGAAUGUGCGAGACCAGUUCUCCUACUAUUCUCUCCAGUGUCUUUGUCCUAACCAGCACUGUGAGUUUCGCAUGAGGGGCCAUUAUCAUUGUCUGAGACCUGGCUGUUUCUUCGUCACCAACAUCACCACCAAGCUGCCCUGGCACAUCAAAAAGCACGAGAAAGCCGAAAGGCGUGCCGCUAACGGCUUCAAAUACUUCACCAAGAGGGAAGAAUGUGGCAGACUAGGGUGCAAAUACAACCAAGUUAACAGCCACUUCCAUUGUAUCCGUGAGGGCUGUCAGUUCUCGUUCCUGCUCAAGCACCAGAUGACCUCCCAUGCCCGCAAACACAUGAGGAGGAUGCUGGGUAAAAACUUCGACAGAGUUCCUUCCCAGGUGGUCUCUCAUUCACGACCUGAAGAGAUGCAGCACAUGGCCAGUCUAGCUUCGCCCGGUAUGGCGGGCGGCCACUCUAAUCUGACCUCCAACUACUCCAGCAUGAUGGACGAUAAUGAUGACUACAUGGACUACACCGGUGGAGGAAGUCCGUUGGGUCUUUCCUCAGAGUCCUCCAACCAAGACCGUAGUUGCACCAGCACCCCCGUGGGCAAUGAUAGUUCGCCAGCAGGACCAGGCUGUCAGGUCCCUGCCACCACUACCUCUGCUGACUCUCCUCCUUCUUCUCAAUCUGCACCUCCUCCUCCUCCACCUCCUCUUCCACCUCCACAUCAGUCUGCGCUCCAGAGUCAGCCUCCAUCUCUCUCCUCGGCUCUUCUCCGGCCGCCACUCCCCUCGCUCCCAUAUCUCCUCUCCCCAUCCUGUCUGUCAUACUCUCUGCUCAGCGCCUCUCUUGGAGCCACUAGGAGUGUUGUCAUGCCAACCAACACACCAGCUUUCAGCCCCAUCAUUCCUACUUCGACUUCGGUUAAAAAUGACGUCCCUAUAGUGCAGGACGCUGCAGGUAACACCAUCUCUAUUCCCACCGCAACUGGCGCCAAGAAACGCUUCUGGAUCAUCGAGGACAUGUCACCCUUCGGCAAGCGCCGCAAGACCGCUUCGUCUCGCAAGAUGCUGGACGAAGGCAUGAUGCUAGAAGGGUUCCGCCGCUACGACCUCUAUGAGGACUGCAAGGAUUCAGCCUGUCAGUUCUCCCUGAAGGUAACCCACUAUCACUGCACACGGGAGAACUGCGGCUACAAGUUCUGCGGCCGCACCCACAUGUACAAGCACGCACAGCACCACGACCGCGUGGACAACCUGGUCCUGGACGAUUUCAAACGCUUCAAGUCGUCGUUGUGCUGCAACUUCCCCGACUGCCAGUUCUCCGGCAAUAGCACCCACUUCCACUGCCUGCGCUGCGGCUUCCGCUGCACGGACAGCACCAAGGUGACGGCACAUCGCAAGCACCACGGCAAGCAGGAUGUGAUCAGCGCUGCCGGAUUCUGCCAGUUCAGUUCCAGCGCGGACUGCGAGGUGGCCGACUGCAAGUACAAGCUCAAGUGUUCGCAUUUCCACUGCACUUACCCAGAGUGCAAGCACACGGUGGUGGGCAUGUCGCAGAUGGAUUCCCACAAACGCAAGCACGAGAAGCAAGAGAGGGGAGAGCUGCCUUCGGUCUCCCCCAACCAGGAUGGCAACCAUCACCACCACCACCACGCAGGCCUAGCCGUGCCCCCGAUGCCCAUGAAUAUGCCCCCAACCUCACCGGGCACACCGGGGCUGACCCACAACAACAUGGCCAUGUACCUCUCGUCGGCAGGCGCCGCCGGUGAGUACGAGCAUCCGGGCUCAGCGGUCAACCUCGACAGCUCUCUGAACCUGGGGACGGACACCAACAGCUCCUUGUUCUUCCUGAAAAACGCUGCUGGGUUGGGCCUCAGUGACUCCAUGGACCUGAGCAAAAAGAUACACCGGGAGCCACUGUCCCUGGCCACCAGUUCCGGCCCUGCUGCUUCGAUGGGCCUGGGCAACCCUCAGGACGACACUACCGGCACAUCCGGCGAUCCCGAAGACGACCUGUCAGCUGAGGAAGAGCCGAUAGCCGAGGAGGACGACGAUGACGACGACGACGAUGAAGAGGAGGAAGCGGAGGAGGACAUGAAUACAGACUCGUAUGAAGAUUCCAUGCCAGAGCCAGAAGUAGACAAAGACAUUGGAGAGAGUUUUGAUGCUUCCAUGAACCACGCCGAGACUUCCCAACUGGAUAAAGAGGAGCCGGAGGCUGAGCCCUAAUCUAUGCUGUAGAAGGAGAACUGUAUGAAUUCCCUGAACAAACGCAAGUUUGAGUGGCCUCAUUUAUCAUGCUUAGAGACGUGGCAGAUGACAAGAAAACAACCAACUACAAGAAAAGUGAAGGCCCAAAAUGAUUUAUUAUGAUGUUUACAAGAUGACCAACGUUAUUAAUUUAAUUAUGCAUUAAAAAACGAACAGAGAAAUAGACAGACGAGGCCCUCUUUUACACAUGGGUGGCUAUGUAAACCUUUUCCUACACAUCAGUCUUUUGUGUGUGUGUGCAUGUUUGACUUUAAUUUAUUUGAUUUCAUUUGUUACUUUCUGUGUGUGGAAAAAAAAAUAAGGAAAAAACAAUCUCUCUAUAUAUGACUAUCUAUAUAAAGUAGAUGUGUGUGGAUGUUAAUGUACAUUUUAAUUGCAGUCACUGGAUUGCAGGACCCUCGUACCAACCCGAAAGCGACGAAAAGCGUACAUUGCAGGAAAUCUUUUAUAAAGAAUGUUGCUCAAAUAAUUAAUUCAGAAACACCUUGUGUCAUUAUUAUUAUUAUUGAAGUGCAGGGGCCUGCAUCAGUGCUUUGACUUGUAUGCUUCUCCGUUGAUUUUUUAUUUUUUAAUUGUUAUUAUUAACAAUUAUCACAGUUCUCACUUAAACCUGCUGUCAUGGUCAGUGGCGUCAUAGGCUCCAUUCCAUGUGGACAUUCGCCUGCAUCUUCAGGACAAACAAAACAGUGACCAGUGACUGCAAAGCUUCAGGCCAUAAAGCAUUGAUCUCAGUGAACGCUAGCUCUCACUUGAUUUCUGUUCCUUCUCCUUUUCUCAAUGAGGACCCAUUUGGCAUUGCAUAUUCAUAGUGCACUUUUGUAUAGAUGAGAGCAGAUACUCAAGCCUCUAUUUAAGACGUUUUGUUAUUCUUUUACAUUGAUUGCAUUACUAUGGCUUUUUGUUUGUUUGUUUUUGCAUUAUUCUCUAAUUGCACAGGCAUGACCAGAUGAUGUGGGGGUGUCUCACUGUAAAUGGGUCUGUUUUAAAGGCGAGAGUCGUCGCCCCCUGUGUUUCGGAGAGUUUGUAAUGUGAUGAUGGUGCUACUGCCCAGUAUGAAUGGGAGGAGAUUACAGCUAUGUCUUUGUUUUGAUCCACAAAUAGAUGUCCUAGAGUGUCCAUCAAACACAGAGCAGGAGACAAGCGUCUCUGAAUGUAGGGAAAAGACGUUUGUUGGUGUCAUUUUACUUUCCUUUUCCCUUCGCAGUUUCUGUAGCAUGGAGGAAAAAAAACAGUUGCAACAAAGUCUGAGGAUGGAGACUGGCUUUUUUCAAGCUUCUUUUUUCAGAAGCAUCAUAUAUCUAUUUCUAAAAGAAGAGGAAACGUGGAGGAGAGAGACUUUUUUUUUCUAGAGGGCUGAAUGGAGGACAGGCAACACAAAGGCACCAUGAUGAAUGCUAACGCUGGUGAUGGCAAGUGUGUGAUUUUAUGAAUUGUACAGACAGAAAACAAUGUUUCAAGCUUUUGUUUUCUCUUUACAACAGCUGUGGUUUCGCUCCAAUAAUAAGAAGUUAUUUAAUAUUUAUGUGACCUUGCAAUGAGAAAAUUCUAGGGUGUUUUUUGCACUUUUUAGUUUCAUUUUUACCUUUUGAAAUUAUGGCAUAUAUCUUUUAACAGGGAAUUUGCUUUACAAUGUUGUUUAGUUCACUUUGCUUUGAUGCACAAAUAGUCUUCAGUGUGACGAAGAACUGUUGUUCUGUGUUUUAUUUAAGAAAAAAAAGAAAAAAAAAAAAAAAAAGUUUUUU